GCUUUCUCUCUUCAACUCUCAUUCAUCUUCUUCGUCCUUUGUGCCCAUAUAUGGUUGAGCUUGCUUAUAGGGAUAGUCCGUACUUCUGAUAUCCUGAUCCCUCCUUUGUUUGCCUUGGGGGUUCCUUUGAGCACGAACGACGAUUGUCAUAAGAAAUAACAACGAUCGAUGGAGGAAAGCCUUCCUCCGGGGUUCAGGUUCCACCCGACGGAUGAAGAGCUCAUCACUUGCUAUCUAAGCCUGAAAGUCUCGGACGUCCGCUUCACCUCGAAGGCGAUCGCAGAUGUUGAUCUCAAUAAGUGCGAACCUUGGGACCUCCCCGCCAAGGCCUCAAUGGGGGAGAAAGAAUGGUAUUUCUUUAGCAUGAGAGAUCGGAAAUACCCAACUGGACUUCGGACGAACCGAGCGACUGAAGCUGGCUACUGGAAAACUACGGGGAAGGACAAGGAGAUCUUCCGAGCUGGCCGUUUGAUUGGCAUGAAGAAAACCCUGGUGUUCUACAAGGGAAGGGCUCCUCGGGGCGAGAAGAGCAACUGGGUCAUGCACGAGUACCGGCUCGAAAAUAAGCCCACCUUCAAAACCAUCAAGGAGGAAUGGGUGGUGUGUAGGGUUUUCCAGAAGAGCUCGUCAGUGAAGAUCAUAAAGCCUCAGCAAUCUCCUUCCUCGCAAUCUCUCGAUUCUCCCUGCGACACAAACUCGGUCCCACCCGAAUUCAACGACAUCGACUUCCCUAACCUUAGCUCAAACUUCGUUGGCCACAACAACAGUAUUAGCAACAAUAUCUCCCCUCAUCACGCAUUGUCAUCCUCCAUGGACAAUGGCAACAACUUACUUAGCAGCCUCAAUGAUAAUAACUUGACUUGGGCGGCCGCUCGGGAAAUGGCAGCGGCUGCUGCACCUUCCCCGCAGCUUCCAUGGGCAAGCAGCAUUCUUAGCUCCACCAACUUGGCGAUGAACUCAUUGAUCUUGAAGGCCCUGCAGCUCAAAAGCGCCUCAGCUGUGAAUUCUUCCGAUUAUAGUCAUCACCAUCAGCACCAUGCGCUUGUGCAACCCCAGGGAGCCAUGCCUACAACUCAGUUCGGGAUGGGGACCGAGCUGGAGGCAAGCUUCCAUGCGGCUUCUUCGAGCUCGAAGCAGCAGCAGGGUGUAGAUCAAGUACAGCAGCAGCAGCAGCAGGAGCAACCGUUCAAUUGGACUCCAUUUAACGAUGGGAUUUAAUCGAGACAAGAAAUAAACACAUGAAAUGUGUCCAUAUAUGUACGUAGAUGACUAGGUAAUUAACAAUUUAGGGGAUUCUGGUUCGAUUCCUUCAAGGUUCCUUUGACAAGUUCUUGUACCUUCAUGUCGUCAUACCGAUCAGGUUACAGCCAGUACACCGGGGACACCAAGCUAGUUCCGAAUUAAAUAUCUCGUGAUCAUGAUGUUGUGUUUCAUGUCCAAAUCGGAGUGUACAUGAGAUGUAUCACCUGAAACACAUCUAUUUCUCAAUUGUAAUCAAUUUUCGCUAUCCAAGAUUCGCUUCCUGCAUAUUAAUUUUCA